GUGUGCAACAAAGUCAAACAAGAAAAAGGCCGGCGUAAUUCGUUUUGUACUUUUUGCGGACACACAGUACAGACUAGAGGGAGGAGUUGGCUGCUAAGAAAUAGUACGGUGUCGUAACACAGCAGAGAACCGUUGGUACCCAGAUCUGUUUCUAUCAUCAGCUCCACCGCUCACCCCUCCUCCCAUCUUCGCUUUACCUGCAAACUAAACACACACACACACACACUCUCUCUCUAAUAUAGCACAGAAAGCAUUUGGUCCCCCGGGAAGGGGCAUAGGGGCACAGUGGGUGUAACCGACUCACUAAAUUCAGCAUUCUACUAUUGACAAUAUGUGAACGAGAGGUUGGAUUUCCAAACCAAGAACCAGGGAAAUUGGUUGCUGAUACAGCUCAUAGUAGUAAUUAUUAUGUCUCACAGUGGACGAGGUGGCGGCAUAGGUGGAGGUGGUAAGACUAGUAUUAGUAGAUAUUCAGACCCACAAGAAACAGCUACAUCUGCUGCUGCUGCUGCUGUCGUCGGAGGUGGUGGAAAUGCUUCUUCUUCUUCUUCGGCUGAGUUGAGACUCUAUCAAGCUUUCAUUUUUUCUGUCCCAAUCUUCUUCACUUUCGUCCUCCUUUCCUUGUUCUACUUGUUCUGUCUCCGCCGUCGCAGGCUUGAUUGGCCCUCUCUCACAAUGCCCGCCUCUUCUUCUUCUUCUUUCCGCUCCUCCUCCUCCAGGGCUGAAACUGGGGGACUAAAGAAGGAGGUCAGGGAGAUGCUGCCCGUGAUUGUAUUCAAGGAAAGUUUUUCCGUCAAAGACAUGCAAUGUUCGGUGUGCCUCGGGGAUUAUCAAGCAGAGGAACGGCUUCAACAGAUACCUGCUUGUGGACAUACAUUUCACAGGGAUUGCAUUGAUAGCUGGUUGUCGACUCACACUACGUGUCCGCUAUGCCGCCAAUCCCUCCUCGUGUCUGCUAAAGCAUCAAUUGAAGCACCUGAUAUGCAGUUAGCAAGCCACGACGUAUCUUCUAAUAUUGCAGUUGGUGGUGAAUUGUCUCCUGAAAAUGGCUCCCGCCCCUGUGAAGACAGCGGCCAAGAGAAUGAUUCCUGCAACACUGGUGAGAGAAUUCUGACCAGACGCAGUGAAGAAGAGGAAAGGGGCGUGCAUAACAUAGAUGAUGAUACAGAAAUGAUGAGGAGUGGUAGUGAACGCUAGAAAGGCGAAUUGUGGGAUUGUGGAAGAAGUCACAGGGGUUGUUUCUGCUGAAGCAGUUCAGAUGCGUGGAUCCAGGGAUGAAGAGGCUAGUAGCCAUCCCUCCAGUCCAUACAGACUUUGACAGACCCACCCUAGAAACGGAAAUGCGAAGAUGAAAAGAAGCAGUAAUUUAUAUGUUACUCCUACAACAUAGCUGGUUUACGAGCCUUAAAAAUCUGAAGCAAUUAUCUCCCUUUCACAGCAGCUUCUUCUAAGGCAGGACGGCUGAAUUCUUAUGGAUGCAACAAAAAGAGAAUGAAAAAGAAAGACAUUAUUGUUAUGAUUGAAUCCAUCGAGAAAUUGCAUGCCAAGGUUUAAAUCAAAAUAUGGGGUGUCUGAGUCCUCGAUUGACCCAUUUUAAAAAAUAGAAACAAGAACUUGUCCUUGGAUUUA